AGGUCGGACUAAGCAGGUGGGCGGGACAGGGGAGUCCUGGGCCCUGGCUGGGUCCUGGGGCGCCGUCGAAAACGCCGGAGGAAAGAGCUGGGCAAACGGGAGCUCGGAAAGAGGCUGGAGAGGAAAGGAGCCUAAACCGGAGCGGAACUGCUGGAAUAUUCAUCCUUGAAUGAUGCAGGCCACUGCACUGGUGGAGAUGGCUUCUGGUAAAGGCUACCAUAGUAGUGGAGAAAACCUCCAAAAAGAUCUAUCUUCUGAUUCUAAGAAAUCUUCCAAUGCUUGUAAUGAAGUCAAACUGACUUUUCCUGAUCAUGAAUGGGAUUCCUUGGCACUAGAGCCAAGAGCCAGUGUCAGAGAAAUCAGUAAUACUGACACAACACGUUUAUUGGAGUCAUCUUUUUCAGAAAAUCAAGACACUAAUAUACAGAGUGCUCACUCUCAAUCAAGCAAGUUUGAAGACAGUAUCGACUAUGUUUUUAUGAAUGAAAUAUACUGUAUAUAUUCGGAGUCAGAACUAAAGAAUGAAAACACUACUAAUUUAAAUUCAGAAUUAGAUUCUGAAAUAGAAAAAAGAGAGGAAGCGUUUUUUGAUAUUUUGAAACUUCAAGGUACUAGAACUGUUGCCUUGGAAAGAAUCUGUGAGAUUUCAAAUGCUGACUAUGAAGAAACUGCUGGAGAAAUGCAGAAGGAUGUUAUAGAGGAAGACUCACAGCAGGAAUAUCACAGUGCAGAAGAACAAGAAUAUAUAAGUAACCAUUUAUCUUUUGUCCAAGCAAAAACAUCAAGUAUAUCUAAUCUGGAAGUUGAAUUAAGAAAUUCAGGUCAUGAAGUUCAAAGUGCUAGCAAUCUAGAAGAUAAUCCCAUUAAAUUGGAAAGUAGUUCUGUUAUCUCUUCAGAUUCACUUAAUGUUGUUGCACAAGAAUAUACACCUUGUGUCUCUAAAUUUCAGAAUUGUGAUCUGUUAAAAGAGUAUUAUGAACCAAAGUAUGAAAAGUGUAAGGAACAAGAGACUAGUUUAAUGUAUCCCAUAGUAUUUGUACAAAGAGGUAAUUCUCUCGGAAAUGAAGAAUCUCAGGCUAAGAAUGAUUUCUUGAACCCCCAAACAGCACUGAAAACUAAAACGUGUACUGAAACAAUGAAAUCUCAGAUUUCUGAAAAUAAAGAUUUUUGUGGAAAUGCAGUUGUCAAGAACAGAAUCUCACAGCACCUUGAAAAUCCUAGCACAAUCUCCCAGGACAGAGCUUUAGAGACACUACAGGAAUCCUCUAAGGUUUGCCAAACUUCCUGGUCCUCUAUUUUUGAUGACUCAGUCAUCUCUGCCUAUGGAUGUUCACAUUAUGAAAGCCUACAAAGCACGCCUGACCCAGCCUUGGGUUUUGCUGUCCCACCAAGGAUUGCCAUAAGAGAUGACCAGACAAUCAAAGAAGAUAGCUCCCUAAAAGCUAUAAAUGGCAAUAACAUGAAUAAAGCAUGCUCUGAGGAGGAUGGAAAAGGAACAUACCCUAAAUCAGUGAUAGAUGCAGCAGGUUGUACAGUCACAGUACAUCAAACAGUGGAUGUUAGCACAGAUUUUAGGGCUUGUUUCACAACCAGCAGAGCAACAAAUGCAAGACCUUCGGUAGUAUCUACAUCAAGCAACACGGAGGUAACAAUGAUGAGUAAAAAGCGGCCCAGCAAAUGGCAAAGUGGAAAACAAAAAAGUGUGGCUUGUAACACAGAUUGGUCAUAUGGUCAAGAUGGUGUGGAUACACCAGUGGCUAUAACAAAAGGGUCAGGAAAAUCUCUCUCAGUUGACAGUUCACAGCCCAAUGGAAAUUUCCAAAAUAAGGAUUCCCUGGAAUUAAAAACAUAUGAUAACACAGACUUAAAGAAACAUCCUGACAGGGAAUUUCAGCUUUCUGAAGAGGUGGAGAAGAGUUCGCCAUCACAGUGCUGUAAGAAAGUGAUGCAGAGACUUAUGGAAGCAGAGAUGCACCUUUUAAAUGCUCGCUAUGAGAUGUGUCGUCGUCACUGCUGGGACAUUUACAAACUUACCGUGGAGAAUAAAGGGUUAAAUAGGAAUUUACUAAGUAGUUCUGCUCAGAAGGAAUUAGGAUCAGCACUACUGUCCAUUUCAGGAGACUUAAAAGUCAGAUAUACAAAUUUAAAAGAAAAAAUACACAAGGGCAUACCAUUGGAAGAGCUGCCCCUGCUGUCAGUAGAAUCAAAAUUAUUAAUUACCUUCUCUACUUUUGUUUCCAGGCUAAUGAAAGAAGAAUCACAUGACUUUUCAGGAGCAGAUUCUGAACUAAAUGAUCAAACUGCAUCUGCUAGUGAAGUUUCUCCAAGCCUAAAAGAGACACACUCUCAAAUGUCUUCAUUACCUGACAGUACGUCACCUAAGAAAGAUGGCUUAAAAAAUGGUGAAAUAAAUGUAGACUUUAGUCAACUAAAACUUGAUGAUAAAGAGUGCAGGAGUGGCCAUGAAGUCAGUGAACACUGGUUUGAUGCUAAAGAGAACAUGACAGGAGUCGACUCCUCAGAAAUACAAGAAACUGAAAUAGAUCAUGACCGACAGAAUCCGAAGCUUACAGUAGAAAUGAAGAAUGUUGAACCCUUACAAAGAGAUAAAGGUUUUUUGAUACAUGUCGGUGGUCUCUGCCCUUCAGUAUCUGAGGCUGAUUUGAGGUCUUACUUCCAGAAAUACCAAGUUUCUGAAAUCUCAAUUUGUGAUUCUUCUACUGAUUACAGAUACGCAUCUCUUUCUUUUAAGAAAAACAGUGAUGCAAAGAUGGCUGUGGAAGAAAUGAAUGGGAUGGAAAUAAGUGGAAAAUCAGUAAAUGUGUGGCUUAUUGAAACUCAUGGAGAAUGUACAUCACCACUUUCCUCAAAAAAACAUUUGAAUAAUUUGGAGAAAAAUAUCAACAAAGAAAUCAACCCAGCUUCCUCUGUUUCUAGACUUGCCAGAACUAGGCCGAGGCAGAUGGUAUCUGAGCAAGACAGUGAGCUUUCACCUUUGGACCAGGAUGCCAAGAAGAAUUGUAAACAGAUUGAAUCUGCUCAAUUACCAAAAAUACCUAUUCAGUUCCUACCUCCAAAUACAUUGAACUUUCGUAGCUUUACCAAGAUCAUAAAGAUACUGGCUGAACUGCAUCCAGAGGUCAGCAGACACCAUAUUAUCAGUGCUCUUCAGGAAGUGAGAAAGAACCAGAAAGGUUUUCUGAAAGGCUUAUCUAUCAGUACUAUUGUGGAAAUGACUUCAUCUGUUCUGAAAAAAACUGCUUCCCAUUAGGAGUGAACAAAACAAUAAAGAGAGUUUCCUUGGAAAGCAUGAGUGCCCAUCUUCAGAAAAUGUUCUACAGCAAGCACAUAAGAAAGAGUUGUGGUAAAGCAAGAUUGAUAUAGUUAAAUAGAUUUAUAAGUGGACUUAGCUGUUAAAAUAUUCUACUUAAUUGCUCUCCUUUAAAAUCUAGCAACACAUGGAUAAUACUAAUAUCUAUAAAAUUGAAAUACAAUUUUAAUGGGUUUAUAAACUAUUUCAAACUUGUUUAAGGACUUUAAGCUACAUAUUUUAAUCAGAAAAAUAAUCGUCAUGUCCAUUUUUAAAAUCCUUUGUUAAGUAAAUUUUAAAACUACGUUGACCAUUGUUAUUAUUUCAGAGUUCAUUAAACAAUUUCUAUAUAUAA